AUGGCGUCCUGGCUCCAAAUUCCUAAAAACUCGCCGUUCUCGCUCGCCAAUAUUCCUUUUGGCAUCAUCUCCGCUUCUUCAUCGCGCGUAGCCGCCAUUGCCAUCGGUGACUAUGCUUUGAACUUACACGCCUUCGCCUCAUCGGGCGGCUUCUCUCAACUGCCUGCGAUCCAGCAGCACUUGGGUGUUUUUAACCAGCCGACUUUGAAUGCUUUCGCUGCGCUGGGCCGUCCCGUGCAUCGCCAGGUCCGCGAGUACCUGCAGAAUGUCUUCCGUGCCGACACCCAAUAUCCCCAGCUUCUGAAGGACAAUGCCGAUCUUCAGAAGACAGCUCUGGUACCACUGUCCCAGGUCACAAACCACGUUCCGAUGCAGAUUGGUGAUUACACGGAUUUCUAUGCCGGUUUGAACCACGCCUACAACAUCGGUGUUCUCUUCCGCGGGCCCGACAACGCUCUGCAGCCCAAUUACAAGCACCUCCCUGUCGCCUAUCACGGUCGCGCUUCUUCCGUUGUGCCUUCCGGUACUCCUCUGCACCGUCCUCAGGGUCAAAUCUUGGCCAACCCCGCCGCCGACCCCAAGGUGCCAACAUUCUCUCCUUGCAAGCGCCUUGACAUCGAGUUAGAACUGGCUGCUUUCAUCAGCACUCCCAACGACUUGGGCAAGCCCGUCUCUAUUGAUGAGGCUGAGGAUCACAUCUUUGGCCUGGUCCUCAUGAACGAUUGGUCCGCUCGCGAUAUCCAGGCUUGGGAGUACGUUCCUCUCGGCCCGUUCAACGCCAAAAACUUCGGUACUACGAUCACUCCCUGGGUCGUACUGAUCGAUGCCCUCGAGCCCUUCCGUGCUCAAGGUCUGGAGCCCGGCAAUCGCGAAUCCCUCCUUCCCUAUCUCCGUGAGAAGCGCGCCGACACCUCCUACGAGAUUCCACUCGAGGUCGAGAUCACCAAUAAGGGUGGCCAACCUACUAUCAUCUCCAACAGCAACUCCCGCAACCUUCUCUACUCCUUCCCUCAGAUGGUCGCUCAUCACACGAUCACUGGUUGCAACCUGCGAACCGGUGACCUCCUCGGCUCUGGUACCAUCUCCGGGACUGAGCCCAAAACCCAAGGCAGUCUGCUCGAGCAGACCAACGGCAAGACCCCUCUGAAGCUCGCCGAUGGCUCAGAGCGCAUGUUCCUCGAGGACGGUGACACCAUUAUCCUACGCGGCAAGGCCGGCACUGAAGGCGCCUACGUUGGAUUUGGUGACUGCGUUGGCACUAUUCUCCCGCCCGUUGCGCUGUAG